ACACAUACAACAUACGAGUCUCUUCUUCCUCUGUCCCCCGAUCUACCAAAAACACUAAUCACUGCAUCAUUCUACGCCAUUACGAUUCAACAACAACAACGUACAUACAUAAUCAUCUCGCUAAUUACAAUUUCACAUUCUUAAUUAUCAUCACAAUUCCACAAGUAACGUGCUUGUGGAGAUUAGAUAGAAACACCAUGGGUUCAGAAAAUGGUUUUAAAAGUGCACAUGACAAACAACCUCUCUUUUCAUUUGGAUUGAUAUCUGAUGUGCAAUAUAGCGAUAUUCCUGACGGUCGUUCGUUCCUCGGUGUUCCUCGUUACUAUAGGCAUAGCAUUCUCGUGUUACAAAGAGCGGUUCAAAAUUGGAAUAAUCAUCGAAGACACAAAUUUGUGAUAAAUUGUGGAGAUAUUGUUGAUGGAUUUUGUCCAAAAGAUCGGUCUCUUAAUACUGUAAAGAAAAUUGUGGACGAAUUCGACAAAUUCAACGGACAAGUAUAUCAUUUAAUUGGAAAUCACUGUCUAUACAAUCUACCUCGCAAACAAUUACUUCCAUUAUUGAAGAUAAAUAAUCUCGAAGGCCAUGCUUAUUACGAUUUUUCACCCGUGCCCGGCUUUAGAUUUGUAGUUCUUGACGGAUACGAUAUAAGUGCUAUUGGUUGGCCACAAGAUCAUCCAAGAACAUUGGAAGCAAUGAAAUUUCUCAAAGAGAAGAAUCCAAAUGAAGACAAGAACAGUCCAACAGGUUUGGUUGGACUUGAAAGAAGGUUUCUUAUGUUCAAUGGAGGUAUUGGUAAGAAACAAAUGGAAUGGUUGAAUAAUGUUCUUCAAGAAUCAACAGAAAUGAAACAAAAGGUUAUGGUUUGUUGUCAUUUGCCUCUAGAUCCUAGUGCAUCAUCUAAGGAAGCAUUGUUAUGGAAUUAUAAUGAAGUAAUGAAUUUGAUACAUAGAUAUAAUUGUGUGAAAGUUUGUUUUUCUGGUCAUGAUCAUAAAGGUGGAUAUUCCAUUGAUUCACAUGGUAUACAUCAUAGAGUUCUUGAAGCUGCAUUGGAAUGUCCUCCUGGUACAAAUUCAUUUGGAUAUGUUGAGGUUUAUGAUGACAAAAUUUCACUUUAUGGUACUGACAGAAUGAAGAGUACAGACAUGUAUUUUAACACUCCUAAUUUGAAUUUAUAGAAGGCCGGACAAAAAUAC